GUGUUUUCUUCCUUCUUCUUUUUUUUUCCUUGACCCUUAAUGCAUUGUACUUUUCCUAAUUUCAUGGCCGAUACUCCAAAACCUGCGACUGCUUUACCAUUUGAUGAAGACGCUUGGUGGGAAUGCUUCAUCAAUGCGUCUACUCUCCUGUCUGGCGAUGGGGCCCCUGACAACGAACCGUACUCACAGAAUCUAUCACUUCGAAAUUUGUCGCCGGUUCCCCGAGCAAACAACUUUAGCUGCGGCCCUACUGUCAGUCAACCAUCGGUGACGUCCACUCCCACCACCACUAUUUAUACACCGUCCCUUUCUCGUUCCCCCGUUGAUCCUCCUCAGAUACUUGUAGAAAGCAUCUAUUCACUGAUGCCAGUUAUACAAGAGAACAUCGAGACUUGCAAGUUAUCUAUUGUUGAGCAACCCAAACGCUGCCGUAUGUGUGGGUUUGGUGAGAAAGACAAAAGACCAAUUGAUCCAGCCCCAAUCUUACGUCUUGACGUAUUUGACGAGCAUGGUAUGCCCUCGAUAAACAUGAUUGACCUGCCAUUUUAUAUAUGUCAAGCAUCGUUAUAUUCGAUGGACAUGCAACAACCAAUGGAUGUUAUUGAAACAGUGCCUUCUGUCAUGUAUCGGGUGCUGAUCGGAUGCACAUUUGCUUCUCCGCUGCUACUAAAAGACUUGAACGGUGACCGACAAAUUUACUUUGCAUUUCCUGAACUGAGUGUUCGCACAGCAGGCACAUACCGUUUAAAGUUCAGUUUCAUCCAUCUCACAAGAAACACUGUGGCUACUCAUGUCUUUAGCGAUCCAUUUACCGUUUAUCCACCCAAAACUUUCCCGGGCAUUCAUGGUCAGUUUGGGAUGCUAUUUUCUUUGGCUUGUGUUCAUUGUUUUGGCUAAUUAAUCUGUCUCACAAAAUUUAGAAUCCGGGGAAUUGACCAUACAUUUGGCAAAACAGGGUCUUCGAGUGCCGCAGCGUGUAUUGACGAGACAAAAGACCGCUCAUUCUAACUAGACCCUUUACUUUGGACAUAUUGCAACACAUCAACCACUAUAGAUCUUCAUUAUAGAAUAUUCAUAUAGAGAAACUAUUAAGUCAAUAAAAAAAAUCUGUC